AUGGUUAGAACAAAACUCAGCAAAGAAAAGCUGGCCAAAGGGCACAAUACUGUGCACUGCAAUCCGCCCAUCUCACUGGAUCAAAAGUUACGAGUCAACCAAGAGUCCACACCAAGCCUGGUCUCCCGGGUGUGGAAAUCGUCGACCUGGGUGAGCUGCAGUAUGGCUCUGAGACGACACCCGCUCCCCCUAUCAAGAUCCCAAGGCAAGAUGGGAUCUGCAAGGCCAAAAAAAGAUGAUAAUGUUGAAAACACCCCUGUUCAAAUACCUAAGAUAAUCGUCACCACACCAGACGGCAAGCAGUGCGGUCUUGGUGACAUGCCCGAGUGGCAGAAACCUCGUGCUCCAGAAGAGGUUUUGGCUAUGUAUGCCAAGUGGAGAUCUCAAGAUUUUCUGAGCCCUCGUUUCUAUGCGAGGAACCCGACUUCGAAGAGGAUUGUAAAGAGAAAGAGGGUGGUGAGACCUGUUGGAGAUUCUGCGCGAUCUUCUGAGCGGUCUUCUGGGCGAUCUUCUGGGCGACCUUCUGGGCGGUCUUCUGAACGAUCUUCUGAGCGGUCUUCUGAGCGGUCUUCUGCGCGAUCUUCUGAACGAUCUUCUGAGCGACCUUCUCAGCCACCGCGUGGGCGUAAACUGUGGGCAUGA